CUUUCCAUCUUUACCCCUGGAAUCAAUCUUCUCAGGUUCCCAACCUGUUCCUUCUUCAGCAUUUUGAUUCUAGAGAGAGAGAAGAGAGAGGGAGAGGGGAGGGGGGGGGGGGGGAACCGGAGGGGACUCUUCGCGCCUGCCCCCCGAACAUAUAGAGCGUUCCUUUUGGGAUCGAAGUCUCGUAGUUUGAGGAGGGGGGAAGAAGGAAAGGAUUUGAUUGUGGUGAAGUGAUGAACUCGAGUACCCCGUCAUCGAGUGCCGGAGGGCCUGGAUCGGCCGAAUCAACCGGUCCUAGAAGGAAUUCCAAGCGACCCAAGUAUUCAAGGUUUACGCAACAGGAACUUCCCGCAUGCAAACCUAUUCUUACUCCUAAAUGGGUGAUCUCGACUUUCUUGCUUGUUAGUGUUGUCUUCAUUCCGAUCGGAGUUGUCUCACUCUUUGCUUCUCGUGAUGUGGUUGAAAUUGUUGAUCGCUAUGAGAAUGAAUGCAUUCCGAUAAAUUCGCGAAAUGACAAGGUUGGCUUUAUUCAAAGCUCUCAAGACAAAACCUGCAAUAGAACUCUUACGGUUCCAAAACAUAUGAAGCAGCCAAUUUAUGUGUAUUACCAGCUUGACAAUUUCUAUCAAAAUCAUCGCAGAUAUGUUAAGAGUCGAAGUGAUCAGCAGUUGAGAAGUCCAGGAAGUGAGCGUGACACAGAUCCCUGUAGUCCGGAGGACACCACAAGUGAUGGGAGACCUAUAGUUCCUUGCGGUCUUAUAGCAUGGAGUCUGUUUAAUGAUACAUAUGACUUUACUCGCAACAACCAGCAGUUGACCGUAAAUAAGAGAGGAAUCUCGUGGAAGAGUGAUAGGGAUCGUAAAUUUGGGAAAAAUGUCUUCCCGAAAAACUUUCAGAAUGGUACCCUAAAAGGUGGCGCUUCACUUGAUCCAUCAAAACCAUUGAGUGAGCAGGAGGACCUUAUUGUUUGGAUGCGAACUGCUGCUCUUCCAACAUUUAGAAAAUUGUAUGGGAAAAUAGAAGUUGAUCUUCAAGCUGGCGAUGUCAUCGAUGUGACAUUACAGAACCGUUAUAAUACUUACAGUUUCAAUGGCAAGAAGAAACUAGUUCUUUCUACCACCAGCUGGCUAGGCGGGAAGAAUGAUUUUGUGGGUAUUGCGUAUCUCACAGUGGGUGGAUUGUGCUUUUUCUUGGCCAUGGUUUUCAUGCUUAUUUAUCUAAUAAAACCAAGGCAACUUGGAGAUCCGACUUAUUUGUCGUGGAACCGGAAUCCAGGGGGUCACUGAUGCUAGCUUAUGAGAGUGCUGUUCACGUGGAUAUAGCUCAGGCAUCGACUCCGUUAGAGUGGAUACAAGCUUGCUCUCCCUCUUCGUUUUUGAAAUCUUUGUGUAUAAACCUUGAUCACAGGCUUUUGGAACACUUGAGACUUGAGAUAUGCAUCUUACUUUGAAUGAACUGAAUUUGUACUAGUUCAGAUAAGAAUCUCCAUAUAUCUAUGUAAAUUUGAUUUACCUCUA